AUGCCACUGUCGCAGGCACUCAAGGCCCUGGUGCAUGCGCCGCGGUAUGCGGCGCGCGCGUCAAAGUACCAGCCGGGUGUCACUAUACCAGCGGGUGUAUCGGGCAGUCCCAAAGCGGCGCCGCAAGUGUCGAUUUUACAGGACCUGUUCCGUCGUUUGGAGCGAGAUGCCGCAUCGCAUGGCGUUCGCUGGGGCGAGUGGCUCACUCUCUCUACUGCGACGCUAUUUGCGAUCAAUGCGCCCAGCACGCUGCGUGUGCUGCACACCUAUGUCAUGCAGCACGGUGGCACGCUUCGUCCUCUGGCCGAUCGUGUCGACCGUGCGUGCCUGAUGCGAGAAGUCGGCCUCAAGACGCUGGGACUGAUCGGGACGCCGAGGGCCAUCAACAAUUUGGCUGCGCUGCGUGCGUCUGUGGAUGCGGAUGCCGAGUUGGCCGCGCACAUGCCGACCGAGUCGCGGCGUGCGCUCUCACCCGAGCAGCUGCAGCAGAGUUUCCGAGCCGGCUCGGACUUGUUUGAUGACAUUUAUGCGAAGCAAUCGCCCAAGCUGCGUGGUGUGCUGGCGCACCACCACCCUGAUCUUGGCGAGUAUAUCGUGCAUUAUGAAUAUGGCCCCCUGUUUGCGCCGGCAUCGCAGUACCACCAUGCACCUGAACCCGCUUGGGAGGUGAACCGUGUGCGAAUGAGUCUGCUGGCCAUAGCGUCGCUCCAUGCGCAGGGCGGCGUGGCGCCGCAGGUCGUGAGUCACGUCUACGGCCUGCUCCGCGCGCGGCCGCACAUCCGGGAUGAGGCGGGUCUCGCAUUUCUCACCUCGGAAGCGGGCGCGAUGUGGGCGCUCGAGACGAUCAAUGACAUGUGCCGCGUCGUGGAUGGCGCGGAAGAUGCGGAACGCCAAGUAGCUCACUUGUAG